AUGUAUGGCAUUGACGAAGAAGCCCUCUUCCGCGUCUUUGAGAUCGCUAUCAUUGAACAGGCUUGGGAAGGCAUUUCAGACCACAUUGUUGUUAGACUGGAGUUGAUGGAACUCACCAAAGCGGCGCAGGAAGCAGGUGACGACGUAGACAGUUUUUGGGCCUCGGAUAAGUCCCGGGGUGAGGAUGUGUCUGCUGGAGGUGGGAGCCAGAGUAUUCUCUCUUUGUUGCAAGGGUUAAAAUUCAUCGGGGCGGUUCAGGCUGUACGUGAACACUUCAUUGCGAAGCUUGCUCACAUGUCGAUGCUCAACAUGAACGAGUUUGAAGAGACCCAGUCUAUUACUAGCCAUGGGGUUGAUAGUAUGAUUGUCGUUGGGUUGGGGAAUUGGAUCUUUAAGAAGCUGGGUCUUGGAUCCUUCCAGCCGCUGUUGGGUCCGAGUUUGACGAUCCCCAACUCUGUAGAGCAUGUUUGCGCAAAGCAUGGGAUUAAAAGGGUAAUAUAG